AUGAACCUCACUUUCGUGCCGCUGGCCGCACAUUUUUGGGGUGGCCUUCCGCCACUAAUCCUAUCUUUGCAAAUCAGCAGCUACGUGCUUUUAUUCAUUCUAUUCUGCGUGACGUUGAAAAUGAUGCGAGAUGCGAAUCUCUAUGUGGAGGAUGAUAUGUUGAGGAGGGAUCUUUGUGUUUUGCUGGCUACGCCAUUCAUCGUUGCCACUACGUGCGUGAUUGGAAACGCAUUCCCCCGCUGUGGCGAGUUAAUGUAUGCCGUUGGAUUAACCUAUUUGAUGGGUGCCCUGUUCCGUGUCGUCGAUUUGGUCUACAAACUCUUCGGCGGUCGCCAGAGCUUUUCGCGUUGGCUGACCGCAAACGGCAAACGUAUCAGCUUUGCAACGACGCCAAUGUGUUGCUGCUGUAAAUGCUUGCCGGAAGCCGAGCCGACGCCGAAAAACCUGCAGCGUCUUCUAUGGUUUGUAUGGCAAUCACCGACUUGUCGAGUGCUCGUCCAGCUUGCCGUCAUCAUUUUGGUCCUAGAAGGAGUGCCCGACGGAUCUACGGUCUUCCGUAUCCUUGAUGGCGUGGCGAGUAUUUCGGCCCUCAUUGGAGUUUAUAUAACCCAUAUCAUGCUCAACAUGACGCAGGAUUACCUCGAAAAAUUCAACAUGGUCAUCCUCUUCAAAUGUGUCGAUUUUGGGCAGCUGUUCUUCACGUUGUUGAAACUGAUCUGCGAUUCCGUGUUCAAACACUGGAAUCUCGGCUACACGGAGCUGAUGAGUGUUGAGGCGAAUAGUCUUUUUUUCUUCAACGUAUUUGCGGUGGCAAUCUGCCUGAUCUUGGCCACGGUACAGGCGCUGCGCAUCCGACCUGGAAAAUGCGCCCUCUACGACACGAAAAUUGCUGGGCGUCACGUGUCGAUUCGGCGGAAAUGGCGAAAGGAGUUUGGGCUUCCGGACGGCGCCGAAAGCGACCCGGAUGAGACUUUUGAGCUGACCGCGUUG